UUGAAAGUUUCCCGCAGGUCGCAUUUUUAAACAUCUUUUAUAAUUUACGUUUUUUGUUAAAAUAUAUUAGUUUAAUUUUAAUAAACUACUUUCGUUUUUAUGUUCUUAGUUAGUCCAAUAACCGCACUGACCAUCAAACCCAUUGAAUACCAAUAAGCACUAGAUUAUUUUUUAUUUGUAACUCUUUAAAAUAUGAAUCCCACCGCGGGUCGGACAGGCCAAUGCAACAAUUAUUAUUGCUGCUAACCUCAAGGACUUAAGAGUUUUCUAAAAAAGAAAAAAACUUAACAGAAUAAUUUCUAAAAAAAUAAACUAUCAAAAUGUUUGUGCAAGACUUAAAACUUGAGUUUUACAAUGUCCUUGUGGGUAAAAGAAUUUUAAUCAUUGUCAACUACGACAUCGAUGGUAUUUGUGCUAGCAAAAUCCUACAAUCCUUAUUUAAGUAUGAUCAUAUGCUGUAUUCGGUUGUGCCAAUAAUGGGCAUGGCUGGGAUGCAAAGAGCCUACACUGAAAACCGAGAUGACGUAAAGUACGUGAUAUUAAUUAAUUGUGGCGGUUGUGUUGAUAUUGUAGAUCUUUUGCAACCCGAUGAAGAAGUGGUUUUCUUUGUUUGUGACUCCCAUAGGCCGCUAGAUGUUUGCAAUAUUUAUAGUGAUAAACAGGUUUGCAUACUUGGCGAUCCAGCUGCUGAGGAAUCCAUACCGUCGUUUGAUGCUAUUUUUCGUGAAUCAGAUGACGAAGAGGACAGUGCCGAUGAUGACGAUAACAAUGAAGAGGAAACAACACGCGUCCAAAAGCAUGAAAAUCGAAUUCUAAAACAACGUGAACGUCGAACAUGGGAAAACGAAAGGGAUCGCAUAAUGUUCGAUUACUCUCAAUACAGUUAUUAUGGAAGAAGUUCUGCAGUUAUAUUUUUCGAAUUAGCAUGGAAACUAACCAAAGACUCUGUGGAUCUUUUAUGGUGGGCUAUUGUCGGCACAACUGAACAAUUGAUAUUGGGCAAGAUAGAAAGUUCAACUUAUACACUUGAGAUCGAUAACAUUCAAAGUCAUGUUUCAAGACUCACUUCUAAGGCCAGCGAUCAAACACAGGCUCACAGUGCAUCUAAAAUAACAUUUGAAAAUGAUUUGCAUUUAGCACUGUAUCGACACUGGUCGGUAGUUGAAUCUAUGAAAUAUUCUAUGUAUUGUGCAUGUAAACUUAAACUCUGGACUUUGCGAGGUGAAAAAAAGCUUCACGAACUUCUUGUAGAAAUGGGUCUACCCUUAACGCAUGCCAAACAAAUGUUCAACUCAAUGGAUCUCACUUUGCGUCAGGAAUUUCAUCAAAUGAUCGAAAAACUCGCCGAAAAAUAUGGUAUACCUGACAUUGUGUAUGGCUCAUUUACACUCAACUAUGGCUAUCGGAAUCGCUACUCGGCAGCUGAUUAUGUCUAUGCCUCAUUAGCCAUUUUAGAGUCCGUCAAACAUGACAAAACUCCAGAGGAUUGUUUUCUCGAAGCUCUCGAUGGUCUAUCCAAAAGUCACAAAUCCAUCCUUAAUGCUGGUAUUGAAAAUGCCAAACUAUUACUCUCUGCUAUAUUCCGUCAAGUGCAGAGUUGUUUAGAAGCCCAUCAAGUGCAUUCAGCUGGUCCAUUCUUUUACUAUGUUUUAAAUGAAGAGAACAAUUUCUUUUCAUAUCCAUAUGGUCUAACAAUGCUAGCGAAAUUUGUCCUAAACGGAUAUGUGUCGACUUCUAGAAGUCGUCGAGCACCAGAACUACCAAUCAUCGUUAGUUGUCCCGUUGACGCAGAGCGUGGACUUUGCCUUUUAGUUGGAAUACCGCCCGUCCGUGAGAACUCACCGAAAAGCUUCUUUGGCAAAGCUUUCGAACAAGCUGCUCAAAAAAGUAAUUCAGUUAUAAGACAGGAUUUCUUUGAGCCUUCAUUAAUACAAAUUCGACAGAGUGAUUUAACUCGAUUUUUGGAUACGUUGACUAUUUUAUUGAGCUAAAAUCAAUGUUAACAAAAUAAAUUAUAGUUAUUAAGUAGUAUUUAUUUUAUUUUUAAAGCAUACAAGAUCAUAAUAGAAUCAAAUAAAAUUAGCGACUGUAUCUUUAGGUGUAAACAAAACAAAACAAAAUUAUGUUUUCCCCUGCAUUUAGUACAAACAUUUACAAAAAAAAAAAAAACAUUUUAUAUGUAUCAGGGUGAAAUUGUAUUUAUCUUUGAAUAAUUGUUAACAAACAAAAAUGACUAUAAGCAUCGUUAAUAUUUCUUAAAAUGGACAAACAAAAAUUUAAAUAUAAUAAGAAAUAAUGUACCUUUUUUUAGAUAA